ACUCGCACUUGACAUUCCCUGUCGUGGCAAUCCGAAUAUAUGAGCAUCGACAAGCAUGAUAUAGCACAGGCCUCGGGUUCGGCUGGGGAGUGUGAGGCUCGUCCGGGCUCACUUUCGCCGAGCCCGGAGCUCCAGCAGCAAUCCCCUGUCGGGAUUUCAAACGCCGACACCAUUGGCACCAACCCAUCCGACCCAGCGACGGGAUCACCUUCUGGUUCUUCGCCAAGCGCACCAUCCAAAAAAACGAAAAAGAAACCGCCCCCAAAACCCGGUUCAAAAGCCUACCUCGCCCUCAAAAAGUCCGUCCAGUCCGAACCCGCAUCCGCCACACCCGACCCGUUCACUCCCCCAACCAUUUCCCACUGCCCCACGCAGAAUGUUCUCAUCCUGUCCUUCACACGGCCCUCGGACCUCACGGCAGCGCUCGGACGGCCUCAUGUGGCGUAUGAAGGCGGGCACCUGAAGGGUCCAUUGAAGGGGGUCAAUUUCCCGGUCGACUUUCUGCGGCGUUGGGUCGAGGGGCUAGGAGCGGACCGGGUGACGGCGGAAGAAGCGUGGAUGUUGGCGCUGGUCAAGGGAAGUGGGGUUCCGGUUGAUUUCGGGGAACUGCCGGAUGGUCCGUCCGCACCUCCACCACCACCACCAUCACCACAAUCGCUGGGCAUCCGCACCCCCGUCCGGUACAUCUGCGCCUACCUUCGCAACGACCGCUCGACCCUCCUCCACGAAUGGGCCCACGCCAUGUUCUUCACAUCCCCAUCCUACCGCGACGCUUGCGAACAGCUGUACAAGGACGUUCUAGACGACAAGGCACGCGCGGCGGUGGGCGUCGAGUUGCGGAUGAGGAAUUACAAGGAGGAGGUUUAUAUGGAUGAGUGGCAGGCGUAUUGUGUGGAAGGGCCUACUGAGUUUGGGAAGAAGUGGAGUAGGGUUAUGAAGGAGCCGCAUGUGGUGUUGAGGAAAUUGGUCGGGGCGCCGCCGGGGUGGUGAUUUGGUGUUCAGCUGGGGAGCUUGUUGUAGAUAGUUAGAGGCUUAGCGUAUGCUGCUGGACGAUAUUUUUGGAUCUCACGCACCGUGACACACGGGAUUGUACAGCGGCAGAAGAGUAGUAGAAUACAACCGUCCGACUACGCUAGGUCUAC